GAAAAUGAUUCGACCAAUAGAGCAUCUGUUUUGGAAGAGUGUACAUGUGGUCUGAGCAAACUUGACACACUUCCUCUGCUUAAGACGUUUUUUUCCUGUCUGUGUGUCAGAGCUCUUUAGUAAAGUUCAUUUUAAACACUGUCAUGUGAAGCAAGUUUCAAUAUAUUGAAGGUAUCAGACCAAAGCAACAACAUGAGGAUUAUUCCCCUUCAACUCUAUGUAUUAAUGUGGUGUAAAGCUGCAGAGGCUUUAGAUCAACUGACUGAUUUGGGACACAAUGUGACUAUAAACUGUGAUCUGGAUGAUGAGGACGUUUAUUGGAUUUUACAGAAACAGUCGGAUUCUCCUACAGUGAUAUUGCACUCAUUCUCAAACCCAACAUUAGCCUAUCACUUCAAUAAAACAUUGAAAAACAAAUAUUCAGUACAAUCUAAACACCGUCUGGUCAUAUAUAACAUCACUGUAGAUGAGUUAGGAGUUUAUUACUGUAUGAAUAAAGAUACACCUCCAAAACUCAGUCACAGCACAAGACUGAACAUCAUUGAACCAACUCAACUAAGCGAGUUCAAUACAACUGAGUGCAAGAAUCAUACAAAUGUAACAGAACAAAAUUCAACACAUUGUAAGACUUUUACCCUCAUAUCGGGUCUGCUGAAUGCUGUUCUGAUCAUUACAGUCAUAGGACUCAUAAAAGUUUUUGUUACUAAAAAUGGAUGUUGGAAAAUAUCUGGAAACUGCUCAGGACAACUUCAUGAAACGGAUCUACAGCCAACACAAGUUACAGAACAGCCACAAGACCCAAACCAACUUCAGUAUGUUGCAGUGGACUUUAGCAAACUGCGCAAAAACAUUCGGCCAAGCCAAGACAACAGCACAUAUGCUGCUUUGAAGCUUCCAAAGUCAAAAGCACAAGAAUAUGAAUAA